AUGUCAAGCAGCCGUUCGGCUGCUUCUACCAGAGAAUAUGACGGUGCAUUAUGGCAUAUUUACAGAAUUUGUUUUGUAGAGUUGCUAGAAGGAGAAGGUAAUGAAAGUAUCAUAUACAAAACACAACCUUUGUUGGAGCCAGACACGUGUUUAGGAUCCGAGGAGGUGGAUCAAGUAAGGGAUCAUGCCUUAGUGAGUAAUGUGGAAACAAAUUUCGGUUGUAAAUUUGAUUAUAUACCACAACUUGUGGAACUGAAUAUGCAAGUGAGUUGA